AUGAAAGGUUCUAUUGUCGGAUUGUGGCUGUUAACCGCAGUUAUUACAUUGAAUCUGAUAGCCAAUUUAGAGGUUGUCGGUUAUCGGCUAAGCAGAUACAUACGCCCAUCGUUUUACAAUUUAUCUAUCAAUAUCCAAGACGAUGCAUCGAAUCCGGGCACAACGUUUAAUGGCGAAGUCGCCAUAACUCUGCAGUCGAAUCAGAGCAACUUACUGGAAAUAACUCUACAUAAAAAGCUUCUUAAUAUAACGCGCUGCUUGCUAUACAAUAAGGAUGGACGCCUGCAACAAGAUAUUGCAGCUAGUCAACUGCGGUAUGACAAUGAGACUGAACUGCUGACAGUGCCUCUUUUGCAACCACUGAUUGUCAAUGCAAACUACACGUUGUACUUUAAGUACUCAGGGAAAGUACAAUCUGAUACGUUAGGUCUAUUUUCAAAGGAAAUAUGGAACGCUGGGAACUCUAGUGCCAGAGCUCACAAAGUGUUUUUAACACAAUUCGAAUCGAUAGAUGCCCGAUUUGUAUUUCCCUGUUUUGAUGAACCUGCAUUUAAGGCAAAGUUUCAGCUUCACAUUGGACGACCAAGUGGCUAUAAUGCCGUCAGCAACACUAGAUUGAUGGAAACAACAAAUGAGGGGAAAAAUUACUUUGUAGAUCACUUUGACGUAACUCCCAUCAUGUCCACAUAUUUAGUGGCCUUUCUAAUAUCAAACUAUCAGGCUCGAGGCAAUAUUAGCGACUAUGCUGUCUUAUCAUUGCCGGAACAUUACAAUAAGACAGAGUUCAGUUACAAUGUUGGAAAACGCGUAGUAGCGGCAUUCAAUGAACUAUUCCCCAUAUCAUAUAAACAAUUGGGAAAUGACGUCCUACUUUUUGCGAGUGUACCUUCGUUUGAUAUCGUCGGCAUGGAGAAUUGGGGCCUCAUAUUUUACAGCGAAGAACUACUGGUGCAAAAACCCGGGUACACUGACGGUUUUGUGCACAAAGAGUUUACAUGCCGAAUGAUUGCACAUGAGAUUGCCCACAUGUGGUUUGGAAACAGUGUCACCUUAUCCUGGUGGAGUCAUCUCUGGUUAAACGAAGGAUUUGCCCGUUUGUAUGAGAUCCUCGUCACACAUCAGCUCUACCCAGAAUAUCAUUUGGAUCAACAGUUUGUUAUACAUCUUCAGACGAUAUUUGAUGAAGACGCUAUGAAUAGUUCCCAUCCAUUAAGUAGUUCCGAAUCGAGCAUACAAACAGAAUCCGAAUUUGAAGAACUUUUCGGCAGUUUUUCAUAUGAAAAGGGUGCUAGCAUUAUUCGAAUGUGGCGAAGCGCAAUGGGAGCCGUCAACUUUGAUAACUCAAUUAAUAGUUACCUGAAGCAACACCAUUUAAAAAACACAAGUCCCAGCGAUCUGUUUGCUCAUCUCAAGCAAAACUGGCCAGCUCAACCUGAAGUUGUUUUGGAUACGUUCUUUUCAGACUUCACGGAGCAGGUGGGAUACCCAAUGGUCAUUGUGAACAUUACUCAAAACCAACAACGAGUAAUCCUACACCAAAAACGUUUUCUAAAUGAUUAUGAAGACGGUAGUGAUGCCACCUUACGUUACACCAUUCCAAUUACGUUCGCCACGAAUGUGAAGAACACAUUUGAUAAUCUAACACCUUACACGUACUUCGAUAAGAAUAAGACUACGGUUGAGAUCUCCUUUAAGGAGCCCAUUGAAUGGAUAAUCUUGAACCUUAAGCAAUCUAGUUACUAUCGAGUGCUCUACGAUAAACCAAUUCUUGCCCAACUUAAACUGGCCCUCUCCAAGAACGGACACAGUUCAAUUCCAGUUGAAAAUCGCGCACAGAUUAUUGACGAUCUCUUCAACUUUGCUCACGCUGGAAUGAUUGAUUACGUGGAUGUGUUUGAAUUUUUAGAGAAUUUGAAAAACGAAUUUGAUUAUGUUCCGUGGUAUGCUGCCUACAAAGGUUUGAUAAGGGUAUCGCAACGAUUAACGCCACAACAAUUGCCUUAUUUCGGGAAAUAUCUUAAUAAUAUUACAUCCGCGGUCUUCGCCAAGCUAACUGUGAAAUCGAAUAGCGACGAUACAGUGAUGGAUGUGUAUAAUCGACAAUUGCAAGUGUCUCUCCUUUGCAGAUACCAAAAUACCGAAUGCAAUAACCAAGUAAAACUUCAUUUUGAGGCGGAUCUCGAGAAGCCUUCCCCAGAUUAUCGUGAAACCUUUUACUGUGCAGCAGCACGCACGACAGGUUACGCCCGAAUCCUCGAACUAUAUACUAAUGAAAGUGACUUGGAGGAGAAACAUAUGCUAUGGCGGGCCUUAAGUUGUACGAGAGAUUAUCGUGCACAUUACAAUAACAUGGUAUUUAACAGCAAGAUUGUUGAGAAUAAGACCGACGGCGUGACACAGAUGUAUGAGGAGAAUCCCGAUUUAAUUACACCCAUUUUAUCCAUGUUAGCAGAGAACAUUACGAAGUGGAGCAAUUUUUUGGGCGAUUCGUGGGAAACUGUAGUAAUGUUGAAUAAAAUGUCUGAGUCCUUCACAACCGUGGAGCAGGCAAAUCUAUUUGCCGAAUUGAUCGAUGAAAAUUCGGAAUUCUUUGGUACAGACAUUGAAGUGCUUGAAUCCGCUCUGGAAAGAGUAAAAAUGAACCUAGAGUGGGCAAAGCAGCGAUUGAGCAAUCUAAACAACUAUCUGAGGAGAAGAUGA